CUGAAGCAGUCUGAAGGCUCACGUGCACAUUCAGAUCUUUCUGAUUCCUUGUUCUAUUCUGUAGACAGAACAUCGAUUGCACAUCUGUCCGUCCUGGUAGAAGGAUCCCUCCUCUGUUGUGCUUCCUGAGAAUUGAAGAUGUGGAGCCUUCAAAACCUAUUGUUCACCCUGUGCAUUGCUUCGAGUCAAGUCAUCAGCGCAGCAGGGUUGAUCCGUGUGUCUGGAUAUGAAGGAAGAGAAGCUAAAGUUUCUUGCCCCUAUGAAGAGGGUUAUGAGUCUUAUGAGAAAUACCUGUGCAGGAAUGAAUGUGGCGAUGAUGAUGUUCUUAUUACGACCACAAGAGGGAAGACAGACAGAUACUCCAUUGAUGAUGACAAAAAUAAAAGAGUCUUCACAGCGACCAUCUCUGAUCUUAGUUCUACGGAUGCUGGUAAAUACUGGUGUGGGGUGACCAGGACCGGAAAGGAUAUCUACACUGAAGUAAAACUGGAUGUAAAACCAGACCGCUGCUGUGACCAUUUCGCCAAAGUCCAAGGUUAUGAGGACAGUUCAGUGUCCAUCAAUUGUUCAUACAAGUCUGAGGACAGGAACAACCUGAAGUACAUCUGCAGAGGAAACCAGCCCUCCACCUGUCUGCAGCAGGCAGUAGUCACCUCUGACAUUAAACAAAAUGGACAGUUCAGCAUUAACGAUGACAAAAUCUCGAGCAAAUUCACGGUGACCAUUACCAGUUUGACCCAAAAGGAUUCUGGGAUGUACCUUUGUGGUGUCCAUAGAAACACCGGCCUGGAUGUCUUCUCUGGUGUUGAGCUAGAAGUCAAAGAGUGGUGCUGUAUGAAAUCCCACACUGUGAGCGGCAUUGUGGGACUUCCAGUAACUAUGGAGUGUCCCUAUUCACCACAACACAGGACAAACAUAAAGUUCCUCUGUAGGGGAGACCACCGUAACGACUGUACAGUCAUGGUGACGAGUCAACACAGCUCAGAUCAGACGGACCACAGGUUCACACUGCAAGAUGAUGCUGCUUCCAGCUCGUUCCUGGUCAACAUCACAGAGCUGAAAGCAGGUGACACUGGGACAUACUGGUGUGGUUCAGACCCACAGUGGAGUGUUGGUAACUACACCAAGAUUCAACUGUCUGUAGUUUUUCCACAGCAGACCAGCACUGUGGAACAACCUGUCUCAUCACAAGUCACACAAACCUCUAGUAGACCUAUCACAGAUGCAGCACUCCCCUUUCACCCUGUGGUUUUCAUUGUGCCUACUGUGCUGCUCGCUCUCACGUUUACCCUGGUUGUACUUUAUAAAUACAGAUGCUGCAAAGAGCAAGGAAUCAACGAGAACAGAACCACUAAGACAGCAGAAGCAGAUGAUGGGAUGAGUGAGGACAAUGAUUAUGAAAAUCAGGAAGUGAUCGUGAGCUCAAAGCAGGGGACCUCUAAACAGCAGAGCGCCUGGCACCGUGGGGAUGAGGAUGCAGGUGAAGAUCAACAAGAUUCUGUGUACCAAAACUUCACAACAGAUGACAUCUACUGUAAUGAAGUUUACGUUAAAGCCAAUAAGAAAUGAACAGUAUAAAUAACUUUGGUCAACGAUGCAUUUGUACUCAAAUUAUCCUGUUUGUAUUGUCUUCAUAUGAAAACAUUUUCAUGUGCCACUGUGGUCCAAUUUUCUGACUGUCUGACUUAAAAGCCACAGUAGGUUUUGUUGUGAUUAUUUGUACAAAAUGGUUUUAUUGUUAGGAUGUAUAUAUUUGUUGGCAUAACUCUGAUUUUACACUAUAGCCUUUUACACUCAUUAUAACAAACAAUUUAACACACCUGCACUCCUUGUAAGAAAUUGUGGAUAACCAUUUCAGGCAGUUACCUUUAUAUAUGUAUAUGUACCUUUAAAAAAGUGAAUAAAUAAACAAAAC